AUGACGACAGUUGAGGAACUCACAGGGAUCGUUAAAGGACUAGCUGACGUGGUAAAGUCCCAGCUAACAAACCAACACGAUGCCCAAGAAGCAAAUCGACAACACAUCGAAGCACUCGCGAAAACUGUCGCAGAUUUAGCCACAAAUUCCCCAAGUUCAAGCCAUGUUGACACUUUGAAGUUGCCUCAAGUGGUUUUACCUCGCUAUACAGGUAAGCCUGACGAACAACUUGACCGUUUUCUUGACCAGCUUACGACGCUAUUAAAAUCUUCUGGAGUUCCAGCUAAACAUUGGACAACCUAUCUUAAGCAACAGGUGCAGCAAGAUUUACGUGCUUAUGAUUCUGUUGUGUUUGCUGAAGAAGAAUGUAAACAUGCUCUUGGAGAGGACCCUGCCAAUAUUACUAUCGAACAGUAUGAAACGUACUUUAACCUUGUCAAAGCAUCGUUAGUUAAGAAACGUGGAAAACCUAAAGAUGAACGUAUACGUGAAUUACUUCAAGUCUACUACAACCUCCAACAAAGUAGAGCAGAACCUGUUUCAACUUUUGCACAUCGAUUCUGUGACAUUCAACACGAACUCGAGAAAUGUAUUCCUGGAAUACACUAUACAGGCACGAAUGAUGAUAUCGAACUGAGACAUGCAUUUUUGAUAAAACUUCGACCGGAAAUUGAGAAAGCUCUGAUGAGCCGAGACGCCAAGUAUGCUUCUCUGUCGGAAGUUAUUGAAGCUGCUAACAGAUUUGAACAAAGUUUUCCCCCAUUACCUCUCCUUUCAGCAGAAUAUGUUGACCCAUUUCGUGAAGACAAAGCUAUGUUAAAACCCAAAUCCUGUUACAACUGUAAUCAACCUGGUCAUUUCAAAAGAAACUGUCCUGCUUUGUACAAUCCUGGGAAAAACCAAGAACGAAAACAAACAUUUCGUGGAAAUACUACCAUACUACUCCAGUGGAAUCAACGAGCUGUUCCUCGCUGCUUACUUCCUGAUAAUCAAUGCAAGUUUCAUCGACAACAUGUGUGUCUGGUUUGCAAAAAGAAGGGAUGUAAACAACUGUUGCACAAAGAAGAUAAGUUGCCUACACAAAGUCAACUGGAAGAAAAGCUAUCAAGUAAGUUUCAGGCACAAUUUGAUAGUCUUUGCUCUAAAUUGGAAACUGUACUUCCAAAUCCAAAACCCCCUACCCCACCCACCACCCCUGCUGACAAUAACCCACCAGCCAGUGAUUAUCCCCUAUUUGGCAUGCCAUCCGUUGCAGCUGAUUCUGUUGAAAUUCCUGACUUGAACAAAAAGUAUAUAAUGUGGGCGAAAGUAAAAUCAGCCGGUGUUGAACUUUCACUGCCUCUUGACAGUUGUUGCUCAGUGUCGCUUUGUAGUUUGAUCCAUGUUGAACGUGUCCAACAAAUGCAUCCAGACUUGAAAAUGACUAAGCUUACCAAGCCAGUUGCAAUUAAUGUUGCUAAUGAAGUUGCUGUUUUACAAGGGAUUGCCCUACAAGAUAUUCCUAUUACCUGGGGCCCUGGGAAAUCUUCAGUACAUACCAUGUUGGUUGUACCCAAGUUAGCUUGGCAUGUUUUGUUUGGUAACAAUCAUUUGGAAGCCACAGAUGCAAUUGUUAAACACCAAGAACGAAUUGUAAGUUUUACACAUCCCCAAAUGAAAUGUGCUAUAAAGUGCCCACGGGAACCUCCUGUCCGUCCUUCUGGAAGAGUCGAAACCAAUGUCGUAUCCUUGAGUACAGUAGUAGAAACCCCUCAAAAACUAUCACCUGAGAUUAACAUUAUCAAAGUUUGUGUAAUUGUUGCUACUAUUGGCAAUAUGAUCCUUUCACCUGCCUUGUCUAGUAUGAUAGCCGACACAAUACAGUCUUUGGGUAAUCGAAGUUGGAUUGAAGCUAGCCCUCUUUUUACCACUACAUAUGCACAUGUUAUUCCUGGUCCGAUUAACCUUGAUCAAAUACAGCACAAGACUAAUGCAUUUAAGACCGCUUUUGUCAAUGUUAAAUGCAGUAGUAGCAAGUUUCUUGAAGAACCCAACAAUGUAGAAAUUGAACCAGAGCAGAAGUUUUAUGUCAACCUUGCUGUAUAUAACCAAAGCAAGCAUACCGAGACUUUACCUGUUGGUGUGAUUGCCGACAUCACACCAAUGACUGGUGAACACAAAGCUGACUUCUCACAAGCAGCAUCCGAAACAGCCUCAGAUAUGGCUUGUGAAGCUGUUGAACAACUUGAGCAAGUACAAUUACAUCAAAACCUUUACCGUAAAGCUCAACACAAGCAAGCAAAA